AUGUCUCGCAGGGAGUCGCCGCCGCCGCCCUCGCCACCUCCGCAGCUGCUGGGAGUGCGGAGCGGAGAGGUGGAGCGCGAGGACCGUCCGGAGCGUGCCGAGCCGCUGUCCGACGCCGAGAGGGAGAUCAUCCAGGACACGUGGGGGCACGUCUACAAGAACUGCGAGGACGUGGGGGUGUCUGUGCUCAUAAGGUUCUUUAUCAACUUUCCAUCGGCCAAACAGUACUUCAGCCAAUUCCAGGACAUGGAGGAUCCAGAGGAGAUGGAACGAAGCAGCCAACUUCGGCACCAUGCCCGCAGGGUGAUGAAUGCCAUCAAUACUGUGGUGGAGAACCUCCAUGACCCAGAGAAGGUGUCAUCAGUGUUGGCUCUCGUGGGAAAGGCCCAUGCCAUCAAACACAAGGUGGAACCCAUGUACUUCAAGAUCCUGAGUGGUGUGAUGCUUGAGGUGUUGUCUGAAGAUUUCCCAGAGUUCUUCCCGACAGAGGUGCAGAUGGUGUGGACCAAACUGAUGGGGGCGGUGUACUGGCAUGUGACAGGGGCCUACACAGACGUGGGCUGGCUCCAGGUCUCCAGCUCAGCGGUGUGA